ACAGAGUUUCUUCCUUAAUGUCAGGUCACAGAAAGGUGCUCAGGCCUGGAGCAGCUGCUCAGGUCAGGGCAGAGCUCCCCAUCCCUACCGGAAUAUUGCAGUUGUGUGGAUGUGGUUUAGUGGUGGGCUCAUAGUGCUGCCUGAGGAUAGAAUUUGAUCUUUAGGGUCUUUUUCCAGCAUAGAUAACGCUGUGUUGUUCUGGCAGCUGUUAAGUUUUGUGUAGUCUGAUGCAAAUCAAAGCUCUGAAGUGCAUGGAUAUGUUAACUAUGCAUACCUCAAUAUUUGUAUGUGAAUAGGGAGGUAUUUAGGGUUGUUUAUUAGUCUCCAGUUCAGUGCCUAAAUCUGUGAAUGCAGUGGGAGAGCUCAAAAGAAAGAGGAGCAACAGCUGCAGAACCACAAAAAAGCACAGAGGUUUCAGGGGAGGUAAGUGAAUCUGUGCAGGAGCUUCUGACAUUAAGUCUCAAAACUAAUUUAAAUGAGAAGAUUUGUUCUGUUUUGUUCUGGAUCCUGUCAAGAGCUUCUUCCUCUGCCAAACGCAGCUGAUAAUUCAUUAUUGCAGGGUGAGGUUUGAGCUGGUCUGUUUGCUUUCUGAGAAGCGUGAGCAGUGACUGCACCGCUGUAACGGUGUGGAUCGCAUUCAGAUGUGGAGGUGCUGCCCUGAUCCCUAUGGAGCAGUGAGCUGUGCUAGUGUUCCUGCUUAAAGAGUGAUAGUAUUGAUAGUUCCUGUUGUGCCAAAUAAGGCAGUGUUCCCUAUUCUUUAUUAAAUGAUAUCUGAGGAAACCAAUCUAUGUCUGCCCAAACAGAAGGCUCCGCAGCCUUUGAGAGGUUAAAUGUUCCUCUUCCACGCACAGGUUGGCUGGAAUUGAGAAACCAAAGGGGUUGUUCACUAUCAUGGAUGUCAGUGGCGACUUGGGGCAUUGAAGCUUCAAUUUCCCUUCCUCUGUGCUGUUGAGGGAGGAUGCCACUGAGCGCCAGGCAGCCAAAUCAGAGCUCAGAAUUAGUUCACUUAAUGCAACCCCUGCUGCUCUGCUUGGACAGAGCUUUAACUACUGAUGGGCUCUUUCAAAGCUGUUUGUCCCUGGGGUAGAAGCACGUUUUCUCCCUGUGUGAGCCCAGUGACUUAUAAUCAGGAUGAGUUUUUUGUUCAGUGAGUUUUCACAGUGGGACAUAUUGGAGUUCAACUCAUUUAAGUUGUUCGUGGUGAAGAAAUCAGAAUCUGCUAGGAAACUUGAGCAGCAGCAGGGACCUGGCAGAUACAACACUACCUGAUGUUAAUGGAGCUCAGUCAGCCUGCAGUUGUUUUGAUUUGGGAAUUUCUGUCAACAUUUUAUAUCCUGCACUUAGACUUCUCCUGUGCCAUGGAGGCAGCUCCAUUCACAUCUAGAUUCCCUUCCUUUUGAAGGACUUGCCCUCCAUCUCACAGGUGUCUCCAAGUUCUGUUCCAAAAACAAGUGUCAUCUCACUGCAUGGGCACAGCACCUUCACAUGCAAUUCAGAACCCAACCUGUGCAAUCAUCUGACUUCCCUGAAUACCAGCACUGCAAAGCAUUGAAUAAAGAAUAUGAGGAGUAUGUUCUAACAGUGGGUGACUUUGACGAGAGAGUUUUCCUUGGAGCGGAUGCAGAGGAAGAAAUUGGAACUCCUCGAAAGUUUCCUGCAGAUUUGCAAAUGGGGAAAACAGCAGCAAGAGCUCACGUGGAGUGUCACCUUCAGCAGCACUUUGAAAAGAAAAGGUCAUUUGCACCUUCAACACCUCUGACUGGAAGAAGGUACCUACAAGAAAAGGAAGCUGUCAUCACUCCUGUUGCUUCAGCCACACAAAGUGUGAGCCGGUUGCAGAACAUUGUGGCUGGGUUGAAGAACACACCCAGCGACCUGCUUAUGGCCAUUUUUGAGUCUUGUGCACGCAACCCUGCAGAAAGCAUCAUGAACAGAGUGAGAGAAAUAGGGGAGACGUUCUGUCACAGCUACACUCAGCCAACAGACGAACUGCCGGGAUCUCAUAUAGAUUUUGCUGUAAACAGAUUAAAACUGGCAGAGAUAUUAUACUAUAAGAUCUUGGAGACCAUAAUGGUACAAGAAAUGCGAAGACUGCAUGGGAAGGACAUGACUGCUCUCCUGGAACAAGAUGUGUUUCACCGCUCCCUCAUGGCGUGCUGCUUGGAGAUUGUGCUUUUUGCAUACAGCUCUCCUCGCACCUUUCCCUGGAUAAUUGAAGUGCUUGACCUCAGGCCGUUCUAUUUCUAUAAGGUAAUUGAAGUACUGAUUCGAUCUGAAGAAGGACUUUCCAGAGACAUGGUGAAGCACCUCAACAGCAUCGAGGAGCAAAUCCUUGAGAGCCUUGCCUGGACUCGGGAUUCAGCGCUGUGGACUGCUCUCCAGGCUUCGGAAAACAGGGUGCCCACCUGUGAAGAAGUAAUAUUUCCCAGUAAUUUUGAAGCAAGCAAUGGAGGAAGUGGGCUUGGGCAUUUGCCUAUGAUGCCAAUAUCUCCUAUAGUUCAUCCUCGAGUAAAAGAGGUUCGGACGGAUCUUGGUGGGAGUUUAAGACGGGACACUCAGCCAUUGUCACCAAUCUCUGUGCAUGAGCGCUACAGUUCCCCGACAGCAGGAAGUGCCAAGAGAAGACUCUUUGGAGAUGACAGUCCCAAAGAAAUGCAGGUGGAAAAGGUUUUAACAGAGGGAACUAAGUUGACAAUUGCUCCAGCAUCAAGUAUUGCUGCUGAAAAUGCAUCCAUCUCUCCUGGGCAGACAGUGCUGACUGUAACAACAGCAAUGGUGGCAGGAAAAGCAGGACAGAAAGUUACUAUUCCACUGCAUGGUAUCACAAACGAGUUGGGUGGGAUCACAUUGAUACCCGUUUCGAUGAAUCUAGGUCAGACACCUAAAAUAGAGGCUCAGGAUCCCUGCCACCCUCAGGUGAAUCAGGAUCAAGAGGUGCAUCUCUCUUCAAGAAACAAACCAAAGAAAACAGGAUCCUUGGCGCUAUUCUACAGGAAGGUUUACCACCUGGCAAGUGUGCGCUUGCGUGACCUGUGUUUAAAGUUGGAUGUCUCCAAUGACUUGCGCAGGAAGAUCUGGACAUGCUUUGAAUUCACAUUGGUUCAUUGUGCUGAUCUAAUGAAGGAUAGACAUUUGGACCAGCUUCUCCUCUGUGCCUUUUAUAUCAUGGCAAAGGUCACCAAAGAGGAAAGAACUUUUCAGGAUAUAAUGAAAAGUUACAGGAAUCAGCCACAAGCAAACAGCCAUGUUUAUAGGAGUGUCUUGUUAAGAAAUAGUUCUGCCAAUGUCCUUUUGGACAGAAAUGCAAACCAAGAUGUGCGGAUGACAGAAAACUCAUCUGUGAAAACUGGUAAUUCCUUGGGAAGAUCAGCAGCAGAGAACUCUGAGUUGGGAACAGAGGAGAGAGGAGAUCUCAUUAAAUUUUACAAUGCAGUUUAUGUAGGAAGAGUAAAAUCUUUUGCACUGAAAUACGAUGUCACAAACCAGGAUCAUAUAGUAGAAGCCCCCCCCUUGUCUCCGUUCCCCAGCAUCAAGCAGCAGCCGGUAUCUCCUCGGCGGAUCUCUCAGCAGCACUCUGUUUAUAUCUCACCUCACAAGAACAGUGCCUGCUUGACGCCCCGAACUGCACUCCUGUAUAAAUUCAAUGGGAGCCCUUCUAAGAGUUUGAAGGAUAUCAACAACAUGAUAAAACAAGGUGAACACAGGAGUAAGAAACGAGCAAUAACCAUUGAUAGUGACACCGAACCUCCUCUGAAGCGACUCUGCCAGGAAAAUGAUGAUGUUCUACUGAAGCGCCUUCAGGAUGUUGUCAGUGAAAGAGCAAAUCACUAAAGCUGCCAGUUUCCUGUGUGAUCUCAGAGCUAUCUCCAUCAGGUUGAUACAGCAGUUGUGCUGUUACUUCCUUAUGCGAUGCAGUAUAUGCAGACGACUGCCCAGUUUUGUUAAUGUUGAACCGCUGACUUCCACAGGGUGCAGGAGGCACAAGUUAGGUAGUAAGUAAUGGAGAAUGGAAGGUGGUUUUAUGCCCACAGAACAUACUGUACUGUAAGUUACUCUCCUUGAGCUGUUAUAGGAAAAGAGUGAUCUGUAGAAAGCUUAAAAAACUCCUGUCCAGGUUUUAAGCUCUGAGUGUAACUCAGCUUCUGGUAACCAUUUUAUUUUUAGAGUUAAAAAUAAGGAAAUGAGUGAGGUCAGUUAAGUUUCUCAAGCUUUGUUACUUGAACUAGAAGCUUUGUAAGUGCCUUAUUUCUAUAAGAGCAUGGGGUGACUGGAGAGGAGAACAGAUGGGUUCAGUCUCAGAAAGAGUGGAACAGUUCUGAAGCAUACGUCUCAAUGUCCUGUUUGUUACCUCCUGUCAGAACUCCAGCAGAAGCACAUGUUACAGCAUGGAUUGGAGCUUCUGCAGCAGUGACCAGGAAGUAGAAGCAGUGGUAGUUUAAAUUGGACACCAACAACUGAAAGAGCACAGAGAUGCCUUUCUGAAUAAGUCUGAAUUACCUUCUCCUGAGCCAGUGAGCACUGCCUGGGAGCUGCUCCUUUCCAAGGGGAAGCUUGAUAGCUGCCUUGCUGUAGAAGCUGUUGGUAGGAAUUGUAGUUUAACUGUGAACACCUACAAGUCAAUUACAAUUGGAAAGACAGCGUGGGCUUCCACUGCCUUACAGCUGUUGAAAUGUGUAAAUUCCUUUUAACACGUGGUGUAUCUGCAUUUUAAGAUCUUACUCUUUGUUGUGUAGUAUCUACACUGAAAGUAAACCCAUUGGAUAAGGUAUGUUUGCAUAUGUGAUUUUUACAGCUCCUAAAGGAUUGGUCUCAUAGGAAAUGUGUAAGUUCUUAUUUCUUAUAAUGAAGUUGUUAACACUGAGGGAUUUUAUAGGAUUCAUUUUACCAAAAUGGAAAAAGUCGAGUUUUCUGUAGGUCAGUAUUUGGAUUGUAUUUCCUGACUGCCUUUAAAGCAAGCUAGAGCCAUACUGAAACUUCUCAGCACUGUAGUGUGUGUGUGUGUGUGUGUGUGAGAGAGAGAGAGAUAGAAAUAAUAACAGUUCCUCGGGUUUGUGCUGAGGGCUCUGUUCACUCCAUGGUUUGGUUUGUUUGUUACGUGCUCCUGGCCUGCUGUGCUGCACUUCCAGGAAGAAGCUUGUGUGAUCUCAAACUGCCACAGCUCGUGGAUCUGGCCGGCAGCUGUGGAGGGAGAGUGUAUGUGUACUGUGCAUGUGCAGGGCCCUAAUCAGCCAGGAUAGGAAUUUUACAAACCAGUUCAUUUUUGUGUUGUUAACUACUUUGAUUUUUGAUUUCAAAAAAGGUGCUCAUUUCUGAUAGAUGUGACUGUAUGGAGCUGCACUGUCGGGUAAUGGACACAAACAACUAAUGCAUUCUUCAGUUCCUUUAACUUUAUUCUAUUUCAGUAUUUGUCUUCAGUCUGUGAGACAAAAUGUACAGUAGAAACAAACUUUGUCUCGAUCCACCCGUCUCUGCUGUAACAACCAUAACCCAGUCCCUAGAAACUUCCUGCAUUGUAGAGGAAAUGAGGAUUUCCUGUCUUACUUGCAGGAUGACCACAGCCUUUAUUGGUGAUGAAUGUAAGCUCAGGCUUAACAGGGUUACACUUUUCAGCAAUAUUGCAUGGUAAGAUUGUAGCUGACUGGGUUGUGAUGUAGCACCCCUUGCAGAUCGCUGAUGGUCCCUUGGGUUGGAAGGGGCCUCAAGGCUCCUCAAGCUCCAUCCCCCCACGAUCUCUUCCUACCACAUGGACUCCUCCCACACUCCUGCAGCCUCCUCUGGAGCUGCAGAGAACUGAUGUUGCUCAGAUCCUCACUAAGUGUCAUUAAGCACAGUGUUAUUUCAUUAGAAAAAGGGAUGUGCUGCAACUGGCUGCAGUUAUUUUUCACCUUUGUAGGUGACAAUAUGAAAAACAUUUUUGGACCUGCUGAACGGCUGAAGCAGCAGCAGAUGUGAAGCUUUUGUAACGGUUUAAAGUGCCUUCACAUGUAAAUAUGUAUUUUAUAAUAAAAAUAUUGACACCUGA